AUUGAAGCUACUUCAGUUGUCUUUUCUCGAAUGUAUAUAAUUUGUUGUCAAAUUCUCUGUAUUCUCCCAAUAAACCUAUAGCACCCACAAUAUACCCCCAUCCAUGACUUUCUAUCUCGAGCCUGACGUCAACAUCGGCGCCACACGACCGGACGACGAAGGAACAGCAGCAAGAGAAAGAGAAAAGCAUGCCAGCACAUGAAGCUCCACGUCUUAUCCUAGAAAAAUCCAAAACCGUUCGGCGACGAUAUCAAAGAUCCAACAAGCGUUUCCAGUUUACAGCAUCCCAAAUCCAGCGCAUUGAAAGGGAAGAAGAGCGCGACAGGAAAGCUCAGCAACUCCGAGAUAGAGAGAAAAGGAAAUUGGCCAAUAAAAAAAAGAAGGCUGAGAAGGAGGCCAAAGAACGUGAGGAGCGGAAGCGAUUGGGGUUACCGAAUCCGAAUGCGACCAAAAUUUCUGCUAGUCAGCCAUUGAUGCUGAAUUUUUUUGGGAAGAAGAAGGAAACUAAAGAAGAUAGCGAGGAUAGGGAUGAAGAAGACGAGGAAUCUGAAAAAGAAUCAGAGAAGUCUGGUGUGGAGGAAACUGAAGAUGUGUUGCCUCACAAUGCCGAAGAACAACAUGUGGCUGCUGAGCCUGAGGACAGUGAUACUAUCACCGAGUUUGGAGAUGAUUGGUUUGAUGAUAACUUGAUUGUUGAUGGACAAUCAUGUGGAGACAUUCACAACCGUGUGCUUGAUUCAGGCAUCAGCUCCCAUGCUGUUGCACAUGAUGCUAUUGUACAUGGCGACCGACCGCCAUUACAAAGAAAGGAGACCGACCUUCCACUUGUGAAUACGAUAAACAAACUUUGUGAAUCCUUUGAGGAUGACACUUCUCAUCUUCUCAGCGAUCUUGACCCCAGUCUCUUAGAGGUUCUCGACAACACUGAGCAAACAGAUCAAGAUUCGAAAAAGACAGCAAACAUCACAAACGAGAUACUGCCUCUUCAAGAAACUGCGCAAGACCUAAAAGUCAUGCCUACCUCACCACGCGCCGGUUCUGCUACACCACAUAAUCAAAAUGGAGCCCGCGCACACUCUCCCAGAGCUUCGGAUCGCACUGGCGAAACACAGCGCGAGACUGAUGAUUACAAAGAGAACUGGCAUCCUAACAUUCCCCGCGAUGGUCGUGAGGUCAACCAGCCUCCAACAGCACGCCGUCAAUCUUCACUGAGCCAGUCUUCAAUCAGUUCUGGGACUCGUCGUGCCUUGGAGGUCUUGUCUAGUUCUGAUAUCGCCUCUGUUGAUGAGAACGAUGAGGCUGGUGUAGAGGCGACUGAAAAAGCCAGAGUCGAAGCAAAGGAGGCUAAGCCAGAAGGAAUGGAAGUUGACCAGAAAGCGUCCAUCGACAAAAAAGAGUUUGAUAUUCAUGUCGACACUGACGAUGAAUAUGGUGAUCUGGACCUAUGUACGCAGGAUCUAAUGUAUCUUGAUGAUAUGGUCGGCCGAAGGUAGCAAGUUUAUGGUGCUCCACAGCCUUACAACCUACUCAAUAAGUACGCAUUCCAGGACUUGAACGACCGACAGGCAGGCAUGAGAGUCUAGCCGCAUUUUGGAAGAGUGCAAGCUAUUUUUGGGAAGGUUCAUUAGAAGAUGAUCUGGAUUUUAAGGGGUUGGAUUAUCAUUUGGCAAGGUUGAAGGUUAAUAGGGAUCACCACAUGCCAAGUGACGCAGAAUAAUGACAACUUGCCUAUCUUCCGCUGCCCUUCUUAAUGCAUAUUAUUAUUCGCUUUAAUGAGAAGCUAAAUACAUUGAAAUAAAUUUAUUA